UAUAAUUAUAAUUACAAUUAUCAUUGAAGAAGAAGAAGAAAGAAAUGUCGCGAGAAAGACCGAGAAGAGCAAAUCUACCGCCUGUUCAAGAGAAUAUAGAGAAGUUAGAGAAUUUGGUAAAUGAAGGUAAUCAUUAUGGAGCUCAACAGAUGUAUAAAUCUAUCAGCGCAAGAUAUGCAGCUGCUCAAAGAUAUCCUGAAGCUCUGGAUUUGCUUCAAUCAGGUGCUUGUCUCCAAUUGAAAAAUGGCAAGGUUACUUGUGGGUCAGAGCUUGCUGUAUUGGUUGUAGACACGCUUGUUAAGGGGAAAAUUCCUUAUGAUGAAGAUACCCUUGAUUGUGUCAGGGAAAUUUAUAAGAUGUUCCCUCAGAUUCCUUUGCCACAACACUUGGAUGACUUGGAGGAUGAUGAUGAAGUCCAACAACUCACAGAAGCCAUUGGAGCAGCAAAAACACGCGUGGAGUGCUGCUCCUCUUUUCUAAGAGCUUCUAUUAAGUGGUCUGCAGAGUUCGGAGCUCCUAAGAGUGGAUCCCCAGAGCUACAUGCUAUGCUAGCUGAAUAUUUAUUUUCCGAGUCUCCUGAAUUAGACAUGACUAGAAUAACAUAUCAUUUUGUUAGAGGCAAUGAUCCAACAAAGUUCGCAUCUAUCUUAGUCAGUUUCCUGGGAAAGUGCUAUCCUGGUGAAGAUGAUCUGGCUAUUGCACGAGCAAUUCUGAUGUAUUUGGCUAUGGGUAAUCUGAGAGAUGCUAAUUGUCUAAUGGACGAGGUGAAGAAACAAGUGGAAUCUACGAACCAUGAACUUCCCAAGUCAGAUUUGAUCCAACUCGUCACUUAUCUAUUGCCAACGUUGCAGAGAGAUGCUUUUCCUCUUUUUAAUAUGUUGAGAGCGAGUUACAAGUCGAGUAUAAACAGGGAACCUGUAUUUGGCGAGUUGUUAGACGAAAUUGCAGAGAAGUUCUAUGGAAUACAGCGUAGAAAUCCCCUGCAAGGGAUGUUUGGAGAUAUUUUCAAGAUGAUGGGCUGACAACAAUAUGAAGAAAGUGUCAAUUAUGUUGGUGAAUGUUGCACCAGCAAUUCAACUCCAGUAAUUCAACUCUUAAUAUUUUUUCUUUCCAAAAUUGCAUAUUUGAUCCUUCUGAUGCAUCAAGGCCUUUAGUUUUGAACUUUUCACGAGUUGUAACACCGAUUUGUUGUUUCGUAAACAAUAGAAUAUUAUCUUGGGAAACUAUGAAGUUGUAUAAAUACCAUAUUCGGAGUUUUGAAAUUUUAAUUUGAAUUGAUGAAAGUGUUGUGCUUGCACUUUAAUUUCUA